GAGCUGUGUGAGAGCCGCAAUUUCCAAGUAAAGAAAAGAGAUUCGUAAAGCGCGUUUAAGAAUGAGAUUGGUAGUUUCGACGAAAUUGGUUUUGCAUUUGGUUAGAUAAGAGAGUUGUGAGAAGAAGAAGAAUAAUUAGAAUUGGAAGAAAGAAAAUAUGGGAGAGAAUGAUGAUCAUGAUGUAAGAGAACGGUUACUGAAGAAGAAGAAAAAGUAUUAUGAGAAUUGCCCUGGCUGUGAGAUUGAACUCUUGAAAGAAUCAAACUCUGCUGUUCCUUUCAGGCAUUUAUUCUUUGUUUGGGUUAUAGUUCUCUGCGCAGCUUUGCCUAUAUCAUGCCUUUUCCCUUUCCUAUAUUUCAUGAUAAGGGAUUUCCAUAUUGCAAAAAGGGAGGAAGAUAUUGGCUACUAUGCUGGUUAUGUGGGAUCUGCAUUUAUGUUUGGAAGAGCAUUGACUUCUAUCCUAUGGGGAAUGAUAGCUGAUCGCUAUGGUCGAAAACCUGUCAUUAUGUUUGGUGCGAUGGCUAUUGUUAUUUUCAACACUCUCUUCGGCCUUAGUACAAACUUUUGGAUGGCAGUUUCUGCAAGGUUUCUUCUUGGAAGUUUGUGUGGUAUGCUUGGUCCAAUGAGGGCAUAUGCUUCUGAAGUUUGCCGUAAGGAGUAUCAAGCUUUGGGAAUGUCCAUUAUUAGCACAUCAUGGGGCAUUGGAUUAGUCAUUGGUCCAGCUAUUGGUGGCUUUCUUGCACAGCCUGCAGAGAAAUAUCCAAGUGUAUUUUCUAAAGAUUCCCUUUUCGGAAGGUUCCCAUACUUCUUGCCUUGCCUUAUCAUAUCUGUGUUCUCACUAGGCGUGUUUAUUAUUUGCUGUUAUCUCCCGGAGACACUCCACAGCCAUAAAGAAUGUGAUGAAGCAUUAGAUGACUCAUAUGAUGCUCUAGAGGCAACCUUGUCCAAGUCUAAUAUGGAUGAAAAAGUGCAGAUUACUGAGCCAAGAUGUGCCUCACAAAAAAGCCUUUUGAAAAAUUGGCCGUUAAUGUCAUCUAUCAUCGUCUAUUGUGUUUUCCAACUUCAUGAUAUGGCCUAUUCAGAGAUUUUCUCAUUAUGGGCUGUCAGCCCCAGGAAGAAUGGGGGGUUGAGCUUCUCAAGUGCAGAUGUUGGUGAAGUUCUUGCAGUUUCCGGCCUUGGACUGCUUGUCUUUCAGCUACUUUUUUACCCACUUUUAGAGAGAAAUUUGGGAGCCGUCAUGGUUUCUCGCAUUGGAGCAGUCUUAACCAUUCCAUUGCUCUCUAGUUACCCCUAUAUAGCUAUGCUAACAGGCAUCACCCUCACACUAGUGGUGAACUCCGCAUCUUUUCUGAAGAAUCUGAUAUGUGUAUCGAUAACUACAGGGUUGUUCCUUCUGCAGAACAGAGCAGUGACACAACAGCAAAGAGGAGCUGCUAAUGGCAUUUCCAUGUCUGCUAUGUCCCUAUGUAAAGCAGCUGGUCCAGCUGCAGGAGGUGCCCUCUUUGCUUGGGCACAAAGGCGUCUAAAUGCUUUCUUUCUUCCAGGUGAUCAAAUGGUUUUUUUUAUCCUGAACAUCAUUGAGGUAGUUGGACUGUUGCUGACCUUCAAGCCUUUUCUAGCUGUACCAGAUGAUAAUAUCUCAUAGCUCAAAUGCAGAAAUUCAAUACUUGAAAAUUCAAAUCUCGAUUGCAUAGGUAGUCAUAUAUUCAUACUUGAAAAUUUUGGUGAGGAAAGUUGUAAUACAAGUUUAUUGCGAACUUUGCCGUGAAAGCUUGUUUAAAAUAAUGAACUCGUAAGAUAAAUAGAAAAUGGCCUGUUAAACUUCUACUGUGAAUAUUUUUCACUAAUAUAUAGAG